UCUAGAGCGUACAUCUUGUGCUGCUGCGUGGAUGCCCCCGCACGCGCAUCUGUGCAGAAUAUGGUACUGUUCAACGGGUACUACGGGUGCCCAUGGUGCCUAAUCAAGGGAGAUUACGUUGAUGGGAGCCUCAGAUUCCUCUCCUUUGAGGAUGCACGUGGGAGAACGUCAGCAGGUGUCCUACGGGACAUGAAGGUGGCCCUGGAGUCCUCCUUGGUCAUCAACGGCUACAAGGGUCCGUCUCCAGCCGUGAGCCUUCCAGACUUUGACCUGGUGUGGGGGUUCACGGUGGAGUACAUGCAUGCUGUACUCCUGGGCGUCAUUCGCCAGAUCACGGAGAUGCUGCUGUCGUCUGUAAACGCCAACGAGCGGUUCUACAUAGGCAGCCCCUCCUCUGUUGCUGCACUAGACAGGCGCCUGCUUUCCAUCACGCCUCCCCACUGUGUCACAAGGCUGCCGAGGUCCCUGGCAACUCGCACCAACUGGAAGGCGUCCGAGUGGAGGCAUUGGCUCCUUUACUACUGUCUCCCAUGUACACUUGGGAUCCUUCAUCCAAGGUACUGGAGCCACCUGGCCAAGCUUGUUGAAGGAGUGCACCUUCUCCUGAGAGAGGAGCUCACUUCGUCCUCAAUUGACCGUGCAGAUGCUCUACUGCGGACCUUUGUAGCCUCCACAGCGACACUGUACAAGGAUCAAGCCAUGACGUUCAACAUUCACCAGAUGCUCCACCUGGCAGAGGCGGCUCGGCAGAUGGGGCCGCUCUGGGGCCACUCUGCCUUUGUAUUUGAAAGUGGAAAUGGCCGCCUAGUAAAGCUUGUCACUGGCGCCAACGCAGUCCCCAGUCAGAUUGUGGAAAGGGUGUUCAUGGCACAACAGUUAGAUUCUUUCCUGGCCUCACCACUCGUGCCUGAUAGCAGCAAAGACGUGUGCCACAGAAUGCUGGGCUAUCCCAAGCUGGUCAACUUCGUUUCCAUAGGUGAUAAAUCAGGAUGGCACUUGCAGAGUAUGUUGAAGAGUGCCCUGCCCUUGCUGCCGGGUACCAGAGAUUUGUCCUCAAAGGGCAAAUCUUUCGCAGCAGGGCAAACAAAAAACUUCUGA